UUUGGCCAUUUCCGUCAUUCCAGCCUGCGGUGUCACUCAACAAAAAUUGUGUACUAAGCAGUUACUCCAAACAUGUCAUUCACAACCGCGUAGGGUAGGUGUAAACACCCUUGCUUUGCACGUUCGAAGUAUACAUUAACGUACGCCUGGAUAAUGAUAACUUUUAAACUGACAACAUAUGAAUGUCACAUGCACCGAACAUAACGAGCGUGCAAGUGAAGUUAUAUUUAGACUCAAGCUAAUGCUAGCAGUAGCAGGCUAGCAUCUAGCAGACUAUUAUCCAUAACAAUGCAGGUACUGGUAGCUAGCUAAGAAUAUUCCAUAACUUGCACAUUUUCUUUGCAAUAAGGUAGGUAACGAAAGCUUAUUUACAACGGUUUAUUUAGCUAGCUCUUUUAGCGAGCAUACAUUCACAGUGUAACACCAAAGUCGCUCAAUGUUUUUGUUGAAGAAACAGAAGGCAGUGAAGCAACAGCAGUUGUUAGCUACCUAGCUACUUAAUUACUAGUUAAGCUUAACAGCUACUACUAGCUAGGUAGCUAACACGUCUACGAAGAAGAUAACUUGAUAUAAAUGUAUUUCAUUUGUCCGUUUGGAUUGUGCUUGUAAUUUAUGCCUGGAAAACUAUGUAGUCUUAGUUAUCUACAGUAGGUAACGUUAGCUAACGUUAAAGCAAAUGUUCAAGUCUGCAAACGUUAACUAGUUAACGUAGCUAAGUCACGUCUCACAAUGGCUAACUAGCUCUCCACUUGUGACAUGCUAUAUUUCACUUACAAAGUUCCCUCACAUACCGCUAUCUCAUGCUGUAGCUAAAUCCGUAUUAACAGUGUGAAAAUGCGUUCUUGUUGCAUGUGUCAAUACUGACUACACAGGAAAUCGUUGUUUGUGCAUGGACCAGGUGAAUAGUUGUGGCACUCAUUUUAAUUUCAUGUGUUUUCCAGCUACUGAAAAUUCAUAUGUCUCAUUUGAAGCAUAGCCUUUGAUAUUUAGCUAGAUAUUGGUGCAGGAAGCUCUGAUGUUCAGCCAUGGAUGAAGAAGACAACCAGGAUGAGCUGAUCAACCGGAAUGCCUCCCAGAAAAGAAAAAGGCCUGCAGUAUGGGCAAUCUCAGAUGAAGACAGCGAUGAAGGUGGGGAGGAAUCUGAGGGACCUUCUGACAGUGGUGAGGAGGAGGAAGACCACCUCGAUGGAGAGGAAGACGAUGACGAGGAGGAGGAGGAAGAAGAGGAGGAUGACAGUGAUGAUGGAGAAGAGGACGAUGUGGUGGAGGGUGCGGUGGGGGGAGCGUCUGCUGACUUGGCAGGUCUGAGCUCAGACGAGGACAUUGAGAAAUGCCCCAUCUGCCUAAACUCCUUCCACAGCCAGCCCGUGGCCACGCCAGAGAGCUGCGAACACUACUUCUGCCUCGACUGCAUCCUUGAGUGGUCCAAGAAUGCAAACUCCUGUCCUGUGGACAGAAUAGUCUUCAAUAACAUCUACCUGAGAAAAUGUUAUGGUGGGAAAGUGCAGAAAAUGAUCACAGUGCAGAAACCAGUGAAGGACGGCCAGGAGGAGGUGAUAGACCUGGAGCUGGAACAGACCAGCUGCGAGGUGUGUGGAGGGAGUGACCGUGAAGACCGCCUGCUGCUCUGUGACGGCUGUGAUGCUGGGUACCACAUGGAGUGCCUACCCCCGCUGGAUGCUGUCCCUGUGGAGGAAUGGUUCUGCCCAGAGUGUCAAGCCAACAACCGCCGUUCAAGGGGUUCAGUGGAAGAGCAGAGCAACACGGAGAGUCUGAGCAGCGCCCGUCCCACAACAAGCCACUCCCACCUCCCUGCGGCAGGCCCCACCCGGGCCAUUGCCCGCACCCAGCAGAGUGAGAGGGUCCGCGCCAGUGUCAACCACCACCGCAUCACCCAGGCACGCAUUGCACAGAUCUCCCCCAGCUUUCUGAUGCCACAGACCACCUGGCUGGAUGAGACUAUCAACGCAGUGGUGGCUGGACUCAACACAGCUGUGUACAUACGGAACCUCACACCCCGCGUUCCAUCCAGUCGACGACGCAGGACAGUAAAGCGCAGGAAAGGCCAGAGUAAGAGGUCAUCGUCUGCCACGGGUGGUAAGGCCAAAGCUGCAGGCACCGGGGUGAAGAGGAGGAAACGGCGAGUGAGGAGGACCAAGUCCAGAAGGAAACUGGUGGUGAAAAAGGAAGCUACGUCACGUGGUCGUAUAGCCCGUAGCCUAGGAAUAGGGAAGCCCAAACGGGGCUCGUCCCUUCCCUCUGUGUACCGGCCUUCAGAAACCACUCUGGGCAGUAUGAGGGCUGACAUAGGAGCUGCUUCGCUCUCUGUCUAUGGAGUCCCCUACGAUCUGGACCCCUUCACUAGCAGGGAUGAUGAUGGUGAGGAGGUGCAAGCCUCGGCCACGUCAUCACUGCUGGAGGCCAAGAGGCGUGGCUUAUCUCGCUCCGCACUCCUCUCGCACCAGCCUGUGGCUCGACCAAUCACUGCUGGCCUCUCUAGCUGGGGUCCGAGCCUUCCCCAGUUGGAGGAGGUGGCCCCAGUGCCUGACCUGCUGGGCAGCAUCCUAUCACGACAGAGCAUGCUUCUGAUGGACAGCUCAGACGUAGUUAUUAACAGAGAUGGAUCCCUCAAGGCUAACAAACCAGUGGGUUUGUCGUCAUCCAUGCCCGGCAGCAGUAGGAGCAGCAGCUCUGGUGAAUCAGUAGCCCAGCUCCACUCAGGGAUGUCCCCUACCACAGCAGCCAGCUCCCUUUGUCUCCCCAUUAACGGAGACCUGGUAGCAGGACCCUGCCUGUCCCCUCUCACCCCUUCAUCCCCCUGCCCGGCCACUUAUCCACCUCCGAUCCUGAGUCACCCACACCCCCACGUCCCUGCCCCCUGUAGACCCAGCCCUAGUCCUGGACACAGCCUCUGGGAGGACACCGGUGUACUACCCCCCAUGGGACCCAGAGGGGCUGCCACCUCCACUCCUACCCCAGACUCUCACUCCAGAGGUAGGGAGACGGUGCCACCACAGCCCCAGGCUAAGAAGGCCGCUGCUAAACCAGUAUGGGAAGCACCAGUAUCGGUGCUUCCCAGGAUACCAAGGAUAAAACGGGAGAGCGGUGGCCUGACGAAUGGCAACGCCAGCAGAGGGGGUAGUAGUGGUAGUAGUAGUAGUAGUAGCAGUGCUAAUGGUAGUGGUAGUAAUAGCUUCCCUGAUGCCUGUGUGAACAGCCUGGGUGGGAACAGGGGCAGGCAGCAAAGUGUGGACCAGCAGCAGGGCAGGACAGAGGGACAGAGACCGGACAGAGCAGGCCCUUCCUCAGCCUUCUCCAGCUCCUUCUCCUCUUCGUUCUCCUCUUCUGAUUCUCCAUCUAACCCUGCUCGCCCCUCUUCAUCAGCAUCAUCCACAGUGUGCUUCCGGAUCAACCCCAGCUCUGUCUGGCACGCCCGAAAGCUUAGCAAUGCUUCUGCAAUUGUUGCCGCUGGCAACUGUCUAGAACCAGCGUCUGCGGAGGAAGAGGAGGCAAAGAGGAAAAGAGAGGAGCGCAGGAACAAACAGAAUCCCCUGACGUCCUCACACACACCGGUCAAAGAGGAGAAGGAAGAGGGGGAUAUAUACGACCCCUUCCACCCAACUGGCUCAGACAGCGAAGCAGAGAGCCAUGCUGGGGGGAAACCAACCAUGGUGCACAAGGAAAGUGCCAGCCAGCAGGUGAAGGAAGGUGCCAGCCAGCAGGUGAAGGAAGGUGCCAGCCAGCAGGUGAAGGAAGGUGCCAGCCAGCAGGUGAAGGAAGGUGCCAGCCAGCAGGUGAAGGAAGGUGCCAGCCAGCAGGUGAAGGAAGGUGCCAGCCAGCAGGUGAAGGAAGGUGCCAGCCAGCAGGUGAAGGAAGGUGCCAGCCAGCAGGUGAAGGAAGGUGCCAGCCAGCAGGUGAAGGAAGGUGCCAGCCAGCAGGUGAAGGAAGGUGCCAGCCAGCAGGUGAAGGAAGGUGCCAGCCAGCAGGUGAAAGCCGUGUCACUGGAGAGGGAUGAGGGCUCAGGAGAAGGUCUGGAGGUGAAGAGGGAGCCAGAGAACUCUGACACUGCAAAGCCUGGUCACAGCCCUCACAACACACCCAGGUCUGUGAUGACUGGCAUCAGCACACCUCUGUCCCAGAGCCAGGUCCAUCUGAAGAGGGAGAGGAACGAGCCAGGGGGUGAGAAAGGGCAGCACAGCCAGACUGGCAACAGUAGAGAGCCCCAGAACCAGCAGACUACUCCUUCCUCAUCCAGCUUAGCCUCCAGCCACCACAGAAACAGGAUGGUGAAGACUGAGAUAAAGUCAGAGCCCCAGGACUGCCCCCCCAGGUCCCCAUCCAGGUCUAAAUCACACUCCAGGCCCCUCAGGCCAGGGGAGCAAAACAUCCAAAGGCAGGGGGUCUUCCACGGAGCGGCGGUCUGCCUCAAACAGCCCGGAGGCAGGCAGGAGGAGGAGAGACAAGGCCCCGGACCAGGCAGGGAGGAAGAGACAUUCUCGCCGCGUUCCAGGUCCAGGGAGAGGAGGAAAGACCACUUACGAUCACAACCAUCAUCCUCCAAAUCAAAGGACAGGGUUGAGGUGCGGUCGAAAGAUAGGAAGAGGCCGAAGUCCAGGUCGCGGUCCAGAGAAAGGAGGAAAGAAGAGGGGUCACAGAGACCACCAAGGUCUUCCUCAACCACCACCUUCAGUAAGCUAGAAGAACAGAAAGAGAAGAAAAAGGUAAAAGUUCUCCCCCGUGUCCCUCUGAAAGAGGAGAGUGAGAGAAAAGAGCGAGAGAUCAAACAGCAGAUGCUUUCCUCAGGACUCAAAUCUCUCUCUGUCCUCUCUGUCUCAGAGGUGAAAAAGGAGAGUGACAGCAAUGACAUUAAAACAGAGAGACUCGCCUCUCUCUCAACAAAACUACUCAAGGAGUCUAAGCUGCUCAAAGAGAUAAAAAAAGAGAAACCUGCCUUUGAUAUGUUGGAAGAAUCACUGGAUAGUAAACCAAUCAAAAAAGAAAAACCUCUGUCAAUGUUCAGCACAGUCAAGGACUUACAACAGCACAAGGAGAUCGAAAAAGAACACUCUUCCGCCCUCAUAAAGGAGGCGUGCACCGUCUCCACAUCAGACAUAGCAGAUCAGAAAGAUCAGGCGUUACAGGAAACCGUCAAGACUGAGCCCAUCUGGCCUGAGCCGCCUCAACAUCUAACCUCCAACAUCCAAACUGGCCAAUCUAGCCCAAGCUUCUCAACACUCAGCACACACCUUGUCCCUGCUCCUCCUCAGGCUGCUGAGAGUAUAGCCAGCCAGCAGGGGACCCCAUCCCUGAUUCCUCCAGUACCAGAGGCCCUCACAGAGACUCCUCCACUAGUCCAACCCAUCUCAGUGAACCCAGAGAAGCACGAGGUAGAGGAGCCUUCAGAUGAUGACAUGGAUGUGGACAUGAUGCUGGACAGCCUGGACUAUGUGAAGACUGAGCCAGGAGGAGAGAGUGGGGAGGCUGGGGUCAAACAGGAGAAGGAAGGAGAGGGGGAGGAGGGGAAGACUGAGGGAGAACCGGUGCCAGUCAUGGCAGGUGCCAAGGCCAAACCCUCGGUGAAGAGGGUCACCUGGAACCUGCAGGAGCCAGAGGGGCCACAGCCAGAGAAGACUGGCACUAAGUUGGCCCUCUACAAACUGAAGCUGAAACAGGAGGGAGCUCGCAGACCUGCCUCUUCCGCCCAGGCAUCCAGUCAGGAGGCUCCCUUGGGGGCUACGUCACUCACUGACCCCAAGGUCCAGAGCACCAAGAGGGGCAGUGUGUCCAUAACGCUACCUAGUCCCACCUCCAGCAGCCUAACCACCACGCUGUCUAAACCUGGGCAGGGGGAACCCAACGAAGACCUGGGAGAGGAUGAUGUUUCUAGGAACAAUAAGUACAUAAAGAAGCUCCACAUGCAGGAGAGAGCCAUAGAGGAGGUGAAGCUGGCUAUCAAGCCGUUCUACCAGAAGAGAGACAUCACUAAGGAUGAAUACAAGGAUAUCGUACGCAAGGCUGUCCAGAAGGUCUGCCAUAGUAAGAGCGGGGCGAUCAACCCAGUAAAAGUGGCCAACCUGGUCAAAGCCUACGUGGACAAAUACAAACAUGCCAGGAAACAUAGGAAAGUAGAGGAUGGAGGGAAGACACAGGAGGCAGAAACAGAUAGAACAAAUGACCCAGAGACUCCAUGAGGACCCCGCAUUCAUCCACACGCCCUGGAGACUCAGCCAUUUUCACACUAAUUUGAUCAUUUCUGUUAUCAAAUUGUCACAGGUUGUUAGAGGACUCAAGGACUUUGAGAAAUACUGCCUCCAGAUUGGCUAUUUUCUUCAUUGUUUUUGGGGAUUAUAAAGUUGUUACGUUCUGUUCAUAGUAAUUCACCAUCUCACAAAAUAAUGGAAGAGCCUUUUCGUUGAAAGAUGUGGAAAUAACUUAGUGGACCCAAUGUGAUCUUGCACUUCGAUUACCACCGACUGACAAGCAUCUGUUUUUGAAUUGGAUUUGUUUCACGCUUCACACAAGGCCAGACCAUGUCCAUACACUUUGUUUUCAUGGUCUAGCAUGGUCCUACUCUUGGAGAGGUUACCACAGAGAUUCUGUCUUAAACAGACAGCUCUGUCAGAUAGCUUUUCCAUCAAGAGAGGUUGAGGAAUAAUGUGAAUGAGCUAUUUCUACAGGCAAAAUGUCUGAGAAGAAGCAGUGCUGACUUUUUUUUUUAAAUGGUGUCUUUUGUAUGGGAGAGGGGUGUUUAUCUGUGGCAUGAGUCCUAAUUUUGUGGUGUCAAAGUCUAAUGCUGUCAUUGAAAUAUUAGAAGAAGAAAAUAAUGCCCCAGCGCAGAAAAAUACAUGUAUGCAAUUUUGUAGAGUAGGAAAGUUAUUUCUGAUUUUAGAUUUGGUGUAAAUAUAGAUUUUGGAUUCGCUAUGUACGCCCUUCCAGUUCAAUUAGCUGCCUACUGGGUAUUCACAAAUGUAUACUGUGAAUGCUUCUGGAGGAAGUUUGUUGUUUUUGUGAAUGUCUCUGUGCUAUGGGAUGUGGGUCCGAUGGAGUGCUGGUUGGCCAAACGGUACAGUUAGGCUCUUAAGUUGACCAGUUUCUCACAGCAGGAAAAUAGACUUGUAGCAACAGGAAAUUUGAAUUAUUGUGUGGAUUAUAACUAAAUACCAUUUUUAUAGGGGUUGAUACAUUUUUAGUUGGGGCAAAUCAAGCCUGAAAUUUUAAAGUGGAAAUAUCAAACUUUAGAAGCCUUUUUAAACCACGAAUACUCUGCAUGUUUGCAUUUCCUGCUGUGCCUUGAAAUGUCCUGCAACAACAGGGUGAUCAAGUUAAGAUCCUACAUCUGUAUGUGGCUACACAUAGUGGCUGUCCUCCUGAGUGGUGUUUUCAGAUUGAGUCAACGCUCCUCUGGUGUCUCUUGGCAGAAUAUUCGAGAUAAGGGCACACAACUCAGACUUCCCAAAAACAUGGUUGUUGAUAAAGUUUCUGUUAUGUGUGCAUUUUCUCAAGUUCAGACUAGGCCCAAAGUGUCUACUGGUUUUAAUUCUACUUUUACUUCAGCUAUUGACUAAGACAUAGGAAACUAGGUGAGACUUUAAUUAAUCAAUUGAAAAGUAAUUUGCCAAGGAGGAAUGAAAACCUGCAGCCCUGGGGGACAGGAGUUGAAUAAGUUUUGAAGCUGAGUGAAUUCUGCGCCUUCACCAUUCUUUUCUGUUAUUUUACAGUUAUUUCUGAGUCAAUUGGCUAGUCCUGGUGUAUAUUGGUAUCAUAAGCUAUAUCAUAAGACAAAGCAGACAAUGCCUGUCUUGCAGCUUAAUGUUGUUUGUAGUUAUUCACACUUCAUUAUGAACUCAACUAGUUGUUCACAUUUCCUUUGAAAGAUUGUCUGAUUCAAAAAGAAAAUGUUCCAAUUUGAAUAACAUUUGCAAAAACAAACUGAUUUUGUUUCGUUACUUACAAAUAUCACUAUUCUUGUCGUGGGGAGUGUGUGCAUGGUUAAAUAGCUAACAGUCCGUAGUCAGGGCCAGGAUGUUUUUGAUGACUACAUGAUCUGACUAUAAAAAAAUGAACAAAGGCCCAAAGUUUUUCUUAGUCAGGUGGCGUGGGUGGGAGAAACUGGCCUUAGUCAUACUGUAUGCAAUUCAUGUCAUCCUUAACACUGUUUCUCAUUGGAGGAGGUGGUUGGCUUCCUUCCUGCUAAUGAAUACUGCUGUCCACUGUGCCUGAACAGUUGGCCUUCUCAAUUUAUUUUCAGAUUCCUCUUAAUCUCUUCUAAAAUGUUCUAUGUAGAAAAGUGCUUGACACGGUCACCCUAUCUUUGCCUUUUUUUGUAAUUGACGUGUCCAUACUGUGUGUGUUCAGUAGAACGGGUGUGUGUGGACCUGCCUUUGGCUAAGCUUGUCUUGUCCUGCACCUUGGUACUUUACGAUAAAAAAUUCAAAUCAAUCCCUGAAUAUUAUCCUCUUGGCACUUAUGUAAACCUGAAAGGAUUGGAUAGGUAUAUCAGAGGGCAAGAUGGAGCUAUUACCGAAUUGUGUAUACUGUACCUAUCUGAUCCUUUCAGAUGUACUUGAAGUGUCCAGGAGUUGAUUGGAUUUGAGCAUGUACUGUACCUUUUUUCUUCCCUCAUUUACUUGACACUUAGGACAAGUGCUUCAAAAAGGGAACAGAAAAUUAUAACUAAGUGAAAUAAAAGUAAGAUUUGUCCCAAUUUA